GCGGUUCUUCUGGAAGAUGGCGGGCUUGUGUGUCUCCGGUGCAAGCCGAAGAGGUUUGACGUGGAUAGUCUUGAGGGUGACGCGUAGAGAAUUUUGGUCUCCAUCCAGAAAAGAGAAGGAUCCAGUAGAAGAGGUGAAGGCAGCAGAAGAGGUGAAGAAAGAACCUGUCUUGGUGUGUCCGCCCGUACGAAGCCGAAAGUACAUGCCACCUGAAGAUCUCCAGAGUCGUUUGGAAUGUCAUGUUAAAGAAGUUUUUGGCACAUCUCUACCCAACAAUUGGCAGGACAUCUUUCUGGAUGAUGGUCACAUGAAGUUCAGUCUCUUGGCACACUUAGGUGAUGACUUGGGCCAUGCAGUGCCCAACUCCAGGCUUCACCAGAUGUGCAAAGUCAGGGAUGUUCUUGAUUUCUAUAAUGUCCCCGUUCAAGAUGGAUCUAAAUUUGAUGAACUUAGUACAAGUAAUCUACCCCCUAAUUUGAAAAUCACUUGGAAUUACUGACUUUUGUGGAAGAUAAACACGUUGGUAGCAUUUUCCCCCUAAGCAAGAGAGCUGCUGAUUAGAUCUUCUGUUAUUUUACCAUUAGAACUGUUCUCUGAAUCCCAUUUUUCUAUAGAAGAAUG